AUGGACGCCUCGACACGGCUGUAUAAGCGACUGGGAGAGAUACCCGAAGAUCCUAAUCACCCGGAUAGUCUGGAUGACCUUAUUGUCUGCGCGUUCGGAGCGUUCGAGCGAUAUUAUCUUUGUUGGAAAACAAAGGGGGGAGAGUACAAACAAGACGGCUAUGGACUUCCACCUGCAUUGAAAGACUGGCUGUAUCCUAACGACGGUAUAAUACGCGAUUUCGACUCCCUCCAGGUGGUUUUCGGUCGUGGUGAAGAGUACUUUGCGUCGGAUAAGAAUGGAAAGCUGGAGUACAAAGAGCCGGAGGUUAGGAAAUCAGCACCAGCAGACGAUGAGGAGAAGCAUGACAAGCAAGCGCUGAGGAGGUCGAGGACGGUUUCUUUUCUGCGGCCGUUGUCAGAAACAAGUGUACGAUCCGACAGUGUUAUGAGCGAGACGAGGCGGAGUAAGAGAUCGAGUUCGAUAAGUUCGCAGCGAACGAGCCGGCCGCCCAGUCUAAGCUACACGAAUUCGAGGACGAACUCGGAAAUAUCGUUACUGG